ACAACAAAUAACUUAACCCCACAAAUUUCAAAAAUGUUAUGUGCACUUGCACUGCGAUUAUUAUGAAAAAAAGUUCUAAAUUCAACAUAAAUUGUGUAUCUUAGAAUUCCUAGAGCUCCUCUUGUUCAAUUACUCCGAAAAAAAAAUGCCUCUUGACCACAAGCGAUUAAAUGGCCCAGAAGAAAGUGUGCCCUACGAACUUUUCCUAAGGCACAAGCAAGAAACUGUCGAAAUAAAAACCCUCGACGAAGUUACUAAGGAUUCAGAUAUAAGCAGAGAACAUCCCAAAAUAUAUCUUAAAACUGGUACUGUAAGCCAAGCAAAAGGAUCAGCCUACAUAGAAAUCGGCGAAACCAAAAUAAUAGUAACAGUGUUUGACCCAAAAGAAAUCCCUAACAAACAAGAUUACAGCUUGAAGGGCGAGAUUUCGUGCGAAUUCAAAUAUGCCCCCUUCAGCUGCACCAAAAGAAGAUUGCACCAGCAAGACAACGAAGAAAAACGCAACAGCCUCAUAAUGAAAAAAGCUUUAGAAUCUGCAGUUUGUUUGCAUGAAAUACCAAACUUCCAAGUGGCUAUACAUUCACUAGUUUUACAAAACGAUGGCUCCGCUUUGAGCGGAGCCAUAAUCGCAGCUGGGGUUGCUUUAGCUGAAGCUGGAGUGCCCAUGUUCGAUAUCAUCACUUCAAUGACCCUAGAAAUAUGCAGGAGUAAUGAAAUAGAUUCAUUAAGAAAGAUGACUGGUCAAAUACAAGUUGCAGGAGAAAAGUCCCAUUAUGGUACUAUUAUUAUUUCGAAAUUGCACGCCAACGAGCAAAUAUGUCAGGUGCACCAAACAGGAUUUAUCCCAGGGGAUCAACUUAAAAAUUACAUAACUGUUUUAUCGAAAUCUUGCGAUAGUAUUGCUGCAAUUGUGAAAAAAUGUUUGUUGAAGGAAGUUGUUAAUCAUAUCAAAUAGUAGUUAAUGAACAUAAUUUUUUUGUUUUAUUAUUUUUUCGUAACACAUACACCUAAUGUAAAAAUGCAGAUACAAAAAUCUAAUUAUAUUGUCCAAGAGAAUUUUUUUUGGGAAUGGCAAUAGAACACUAUGGCUAUGUUCCAACACAUAUAAUGUACCGUCAUGAUUCUGCGCAAAGCCGAAAAGUUGUGAGUGGAAUCUGAAAUUCCUAUACAGAAGUUCCGCAACCGUUCAUGGGAUGGUUUUUAACGGAAUUGGAACAGACCUAAUAGAGCAUGAAUUAUACCUAAUAUAUUAUAUGUUAGGACAUUUAUGUACCCAGUCUUAAUUUUAUUGGGUUUACUUAUUUAUUAUUGAAAAAUAUACCUAGACAAGUCUCCCUCUGCUUGGAAAAAAUUAAAUAGUAAUAGGAGGUCAUUUGAACAUAUUUUUUAUUCUACAAGCAAUUUCAGCAAUUCAAUAUUG